UUUCCCCGGAGUGCAGCACCAUGUACCAAACCAUGGAGAUCUAUAUGGCCAGGAAGAAGAAAGUGCCAGAUCGCAUCUUGCCAAACACACACAGAUUAUUUGAUGAAAAUCUAUUUGAUGUCAGCAUGGAUGAAAAUCGGAUGAAGCACCCACCUUUAUUCUUCAAGUCUAAUAAUCCUCCACCACACCCAAGAUCUCCAAACCGCAACAACAUGCCCCAUCCAUACUACGCCAAGUUCAUCCGAGACAAUGUCAGGUUUCUGAAUGAGCCUGUAAAUUACAUGGGGACGGCCAGCACCGAAAACAAGCAGACAGAGUGGUGGCCAAGGACUGAGGAAAGUAUACCACUUCACAAACCAUCUUAUGACAGGACAAGCACCCAAAGGAGUAACUUCUGUAAACUGGCCUAUUCCAGCCACCAGACACGCCAUGGCUGCAACCCACACAAAACACCGCUACGUGGAAUAGUUCCACUUGCAUCUCCCAGAGAUAGAAAUGGGUUGCCAAAACUUUUCCAGGAAGAGGUAUCUUUCUUACAUCAAUACGAUUCAAGAUUAACACCCAAUGAACCCAUUCGGGGCAAGCGUCAUGGAGGCUUUGUGUGGAGAGAGAUUAAAACACAGAGUGGUCCAGGCGUUCCUCAGGGAACAAGGCCGUUUGUAAAUGCCAUAGGGUCACAGGCACUCGAACAGCGACAAACAGAAAGAGGAAAUUCGGUGGAAAGCAAUAUGACCUCACCCAGUCCCUGCCUGCUUGGUUCCCAGCAGAUGUUAAAUUCUGAAGUUCACUUAUCAAAAACAGAGCUGAGGGAGGCAGCCAAGACCAAUCCCAACAUAACAGCCAGAGAACUGAACAGCUCAGGCAGUUCUCAGACAUCCAGGAGAAAGGCGCUCGCUCCCAUUGGUGGAUACAUGUCCAGUCAGCCAAGUGUGAACCCCAAGUGAGCAGGUCG